AUUUUGGCCAUCAAGGCUCCAGGCUCCAGCGCUUAUUUUAUCUAAAAGUCUACCCAAUCAAUUGCCGAAAAUUCCAACUGAGCUGCUACUCAACUGCUCUACACUGCUCUAUCCCUAAUUUACACAAAAUUCCAAUUGCCCAGUCUCCAAAUCUACGCACGAUGAUAUCUGCGCUUCUUCCGCUCCUGCUAAUAUGCGCAGCGGCGCACGGUGUGUUCAUGUACGCUAUGCCCAACCCCGACGCCGCAUACCCUCCGCCCUACGGCCUUGACGAAUCCUCCGCCGCCUCCGCCGCCUCCGCCGCCUCCGCCGCGGCUAACGAUCGGCUCCCGCCCCGCCGCGAGAUUCACGGGACAGGUCGUAUCUUGGACAUCACUCACAGGGUGCAUAAGGAUUUGCCGUCAUGGGAUUCCGAAGACGGCCUCGGCGGCUACGUGUGGCUCGCUAAGAGCAUGAAGAACGGAUCGCUGGCUAACAACUCGGAGAUGAAGCUCGGGACUCACACGGGCACGCACGUGGACGCGCCGGGGCACGUAUACGACCACUACUUUGAUUCCGGGUUCGAUGUUGACACGCUUGACCUUGAAGUCCUCAACGGUCCUGCAUUACUUGUUGAUGUUCCAAGAGACAAAAAUAUUACGGCCGAAGUAAUGGAGUCCUUAAACAUUCCCAAGGGAGUAAAAAGAGUACUUUUCAGAACACUUAAUACAGACAGGGGCCUUAUGUAUAAAACUGCAUUUGACACAAGAAUCGACUACUUGUCUGUUGCUGCUUAUGAUGAUUUAAUCCCUUCUCAUCUUGAAAUUAUCCUAGUUGAGGGACUCAAACUCGACAAAAUUCCAGUUGGACUAUAUAACUUGCAUUGCCUGCCUUUGAGAUUGGUGCCGAGGGAUCCCCCAUCAGAUGCAUCCUCAUCAAGUGGCACUCGGAUUUUUAAAAAUGAACAUCACGCAGCUUCAAGACCUAUUUCCGAUUGCAUGAUAUAUUCUCCC